CCCAAAAUUUCAACAAUGAUGCAAAGCACUAUCAACAUAACAGAAAUUAAUAUCCACUGAGAACAAAUAAAUAUCCACACAAACAAACAUAUAUAAAUAUAACAUGGGCCCAUCAAAUUUGGUUCUCUUUCCACUCCUAUCCAUUCUCCCGCCCAAACUCAAGCCGGGCCCACCAGCUUGCCAGCCACUUUCAGCCAUUCUCAGCCGCCGCCACAUGCAAGGCCGACUUCUACCUAUUGGCCCACCUACAACUCACUUAAGUGAGCCACUACCAAGCCGCCUCUCCUCUCCAUUGAAUCAAAUACCAGCCGACGUGAACCUUCAUCCUACCCUGUUAGUAUAUGCUAACACUUUGAGCAGUUAGCAUCCAUGUCGAACCUCCGACUGAUCAGUAGCCAUUUUCGAUUAUAAAAUUAGGGUUCUACGCCAGAAGAUGAAGCUUGGAAGACUGGGGAUCGCAACUGCGGCAAUCCAAGCCCAUAGGCAGCCAAAACGCUGGAAGGGCGAAGACAAGUCGCCGGAAAAUGGCGACCGAGACAAUUCGAAACCACUGAAAAAAGCCAGGGAAGGGAGGGAGACACAUCACCGAACGGAAACAGAGCGGCGGGAGACCCGGAUGCCCCCUUCCUACAAUUGAAAAGAGAAGGAGCCGGCGAGGAGCACAAGACCGACCCAUGACGAGCUCGAAGGCGGAAUCGGCGACGAGCACAUAGCGAGUGAAGGCAGACGGCGAAGCGUGAAGAAGAGCUCUGGGACUGGGUCCAUAUGCUCUGCAACCAGACGCGACAAUGAAAGAAGACUGAAGGAAUUAGGAUUAGGAGGGUGGGUUCCAAUUUCGGGACCACAUUGCCGACAUUUCCUCUCCAACCUAACAAAACAUCUGCUUCUCUCUCUGUUUUGAUCAUCUUCAACAAUUCAGCAGCACCAAGGGGAGGAGAUGACUUUUGCUUGCUCCCUUUCCUUCCGGUGUCUCCUUCAAAGAAUUCUGUUUUGGAAGUCCUCGAGUUGCAAGCUUUGAACUCUAUUUUUUCAUCAAUACUUCACUUUUUGGUGUUGAAUGAAUGCCUCAAUAUUUAAUAAUGCCAAGUUAGUGGUGGAGCUUGUGUCGCACUUGUGGUUGUGGAGAUAGAGGCUUAUACUGGUCCAAUAAUGUUUGUGAAAUUGUUGACCGACUAUGAAUGAGCAUGCAGUGAUGCCUUUGGCCACGACAGGCCGUUCUCUGAUGGUGAUGGUUGCUUUUGACCUUUCAAUAAGGGGUUAGAUGGAAAUGCCUUUCAAUGAAACUAUCGAAGAUAUUUAUUGGCUUGGGAUUCCACGUUUUUCUUGUAGUUGGAAUUUCUUGUUCGAUUAUAUAAUUGAAGCCCUUUUGGUUAAAGUUUUGCAGGGAGCAUGCAUACAUGCAAAGUGAAGCUAUAACAGAGAAACAUCCUGUUUCACUGUAAAACAAAAUGUUCGUUUGCUUGACAAUGGCAGGGAGUCAUCCUCCAAUUUCUUCUAACCCUGUGUUUCCUCUUGUUCCUGCUGCUAUUCCUGCAAAAUGUAGAGAAUCUGGAUCUCUGCUCACCGCAGAGUUAAGCAACACCAACUUGUUGCAGAACUGCCAAGACUCGACAAGAAUACAAAGGAUAAAGAAGAUGUUUGAUGAGGCUCAGCUCUCAGUGUCUGCAUAUGACACUGCUUGGCUGGCCAUGGUUCCAACUCCUACCUCAUCCAUGGAAGACUCUCCUUUCUUCCCUCAAUGCGCUAGGUGGAUACAGGACAACCAGCUGAGUGAUGGCUCUUGGGGUCUCCCUCUCCCUCGCCGUGAUCCAUCCUUAACCAAGGAUGCUCUCUCCUCUACCUUGGCUUGCAUUCUAGCUCUCCAACGUUGGGGCCUUGGUGAAGAACAAGUCACUAAAGGCCUCCAGUUUCUUGACUGCAAUUCUGCUUCUGUAACGGAUCAGAAGCAGCAUGUACCUAUUGGAUUUGACAUAAUAUUCCCUGGAAUGAUUGACUAUGCAAAAGAUUUGGGAUUGAACCUCCCUUUCAAGUCAACCGAUGUAGAUGCUAUGCUGACUAAGAGAAAUGUGGAGCUUACACGUGGGUUCGGAAGAAAUGCAGAGGGAAGGAGAUCCUACUUGGCCUAUGUUUCAGAAGGUAUCCAACACUCACAAGACUGGGACAUGGUGAUGAAAUAUCAGAGGCAGAAUGGAUCCCUGUUCAAUUCACCUUCGACAACUGCAGUUGCUUUUUCUCAUGUUCAAGAUCCUGAUUGCCUUCGCUAUCUGUAUGCCGUCUUAGACAAAUUCGAGAAUGCAGCUCCAGCAAUAUAUCCUCUGGACAUACGCAGCCGCCUUUCUGUCAUCGACACUCUUGAUAGACUGGGAGUUGCUCGUCACUUUAAUGAAAUAAAGAUGUUGCUGGACCAGACAUACCAAUGCUGGUUGCAGGGGGGUGAAGAGAUCUUUCUGGAUACUACUACUUGUGCUGUGGCUUUUAGAUUGUUACGUGUCUAUGGAUAUGAUGUCUCAUCAGAUCGGCUAUCUCCAUUCUCAGAAGAUUGUUUCUUCGAUUCACUAGAAGGAUACUUGAAGGACAAAACAGCUGUACUAGAGUUGCACAAAGCUUCACAAAUAAUUUAUCCAGAAGAACCUAUCCUGGAAGAAAUAAGUUCUUGGACCACGAAAUUCCUGAAACAGGAAUUCCGCAAUGGCUCAAUUUAUGUGGACCAACCUGGUGAAAGUAUCAGCACAAAGGUGCAUGAUGCUCUCACAUAUCCAUAUCAUGUUGAUUUGGAUCGCUUAGGCCAUAGGAGAAAUAUUCACCAGUAUAGUGAUAUUGAUAGCACUUGGACCUUGAAGACCUCCUAUUGUUUUCCAAACAUUGGGAACAAGGAUUUGCUUAAACUGGCAGCCGAAGACUUUAACCUCUGCCAGUCGAUACAGCAGAAAGAACUGAAGCAGCUAGGAAGAUGGAUUAUUGAGAAUAAGUUGGACAAGCUAUCAUUUGCGAGGCAGAAGCUGGGUUAUUGCUACUUUUCAGCUGCUGCAACUCUCUAUGCACCUGAAUUAUCUGAUGCUCGCAUCUCAUGGACCAAGAAUGGUGUGCUCACUACAGUUGUGGAUGACUUUUUCGAUUUUGGAGGUUCCAUGGAAGAAAUAGUAAACCUUGUUCAGUUGCUUGAGACAUGGGAAGUGGAUGGAAGCACAGAUUUCUGUUCUGAGCAAGUUGAGAUCCUUUUCACAGCUAUUCGAGGCACCAUUCUUGAGAUUGGUGGCAUGGCAUUGGCACGGCAAGAACGUGAUGUUACCGGUCAUGUAAAUGAUAUUUGGGUAGAAUUGGUGAAGGCAGGACUGAAAGAAGCAGAAUGGUCAAGGAACAAGUGGGUGCCGACAAUGGAGGAAUAUAUGAAGAACGGACUUGUGUCAUUCGCAUUAGGUCCGAUUGUACUUUCAGCUCUUUACUUGGUAGGGCCAAAACUCUCGGAGGAGAUGGUGAGUAGUCCAGAGUAUAAGAACCUGUACGAAGGGGUGAGCACUUGUGGGCGCUUGCUCAAUGACUGGAGAGGAGUUCAGAGGGAGUCGGAGCAAGGGACAGUGAAUGCGGUCUCGGUGCUGUUGCAUGAAGGUGGCCGGACCUUGGACGACGCCAUGGAAGAGGUGAAGAGAGCAAUCGAGAGGGAGAGGAAGCAACUGUUGAGGUUGGUAUUGCUGGAGAAGGAGAAGGGAAUACCAAAUUGCUGCAAGCAAUUGUUUUGGAACAUGGCAAAGGCGUGUCACCUCUUUUACUUGAACGAUGAUGGGUACACUAAUGAGGAAAUGGUUAGUGUAGCCAAGUCCAUCCUUGAUGAACCCAUCCACCUCUCUCCCUAGGAAGAAAAAGAAAAGAAGAUAAAAUUUUUGCUUUGUGAACUAAUCAAGUCACUUAUAUAUGGAAAAAGAUGUAAUGAGAGUGUAAGGUGCAUUCUGGUAAGUCAAAAUUGGUUUUGCCGUUAUUAGAGAAAUGAUCGAUGUUGCCACUCAUUUGUUGAAGAAGAGAUUUCUAUCGAAAAAAAUCAUAUGACAGAGUAUGAAGGUCAUGUUGUGGCCUGCUGGAUGUGUCGUUGCAGUUCGAUCAAUCCAUCGAUGGUUCAAUUAUGAUGGUUUUGUUGUUUGUUAUUAAUGAUCUGAUAUAUUGUUGGUAACAAAUUAUAUUUACUAUGUCCAUAGGAGUAUAAGCAUUGCUUUGUUACUUGUUAGUAAUGAUUUGAUGUCUCUUUUUUAGUUUUUACUGAGAUUGAGC